CUUUAGGAAACAGCUGGAGUAUGUUGUCUCAAGAAAUGCUUUCUUUGACAAUUCUGCUUUGUGCUUUCUGGUCUUCCUCCUUUGCUCUGAACAAUGAGGACUAUGAUCUCAUGUACCUGAAUUUCGAGAACGAAAUAGAAAGUAUAGUUCCUGCUACUGAAGAAACUAUUUCAUGUGACUGUCAGCAAGAGCACACAGAAUGGGACAAACUCUUCGUCAUGCUUGAGAACUCACAGAUGAAAGAGAACAUGUUGCUUCAGUCCAUUGAUGAAAUUCUUAAGGUGGAACUGCAGACUCUACGAGCAGAAAUGAUCGAGUUUGUGGCUAACUUUGCUGGCACGUGCACCACCACCAUUGAGAAAGUCACCUCCCGAGUCUUGUCACAGGUGGACCAAACACUGAUGAGGAACAGAGAUCACGUUCAGGAGUCCAAGACCCUUCAUGAAUCUGAGCAAAGAAAGAUUCUUGAAGAGCUUGUGCAGCUGACCCUCAAUGUGUCUAACAGACUCACCCAGCUGGAGAGUGUUUGGCAGAGGACAGCUAAAGUGGAGACAGGUUUUCAGCAGCAAGAUAAAUCCAGUUACAUGGGCAGAGGGGACAAUUUCACUUUGAACUCUCUGUGGGAAGAACUACAGCAAACAAGAGCUGAACUGAAAGGAUCGCAAAAGUGGGCAGCUCAGCAUUUACUGCCAGCUGGAUGUGAAACUGCAAUUUUAUUCCCAAUGCGUUCCAAAAAGAUCUUUGGGAGUGUUCACCCAACUGCUGACAUGACACUCCAAUCCUUUACUGCCUGUAUUUGGGUCAAAGUGACUGAGGUGCUAGACAAAACUAUCGUAUUCUCCUACGGAACAAAGAGAAAUCCAUAUGAAAUUCAAUUCUAUCUCAGCCGUGAGUCUGCAGUACUUGCUGUAGGUAGUGACCAGAACAAGUUAAUUGCCCCAAACACAACUUCUCCUGGACAUUGGGCUCACUUUUGCGGCACUUGGAGUUCAGACAACGGGACCAUAUCACUGUGGGCAAAUGGGGAGCUUGUUGCUACCACCUCAGAAAUAGCAGAGGCUCAUAUCAUUCCAGAUGGAGGAAUUUUGCAGCUAGGCCAAGAAAAGAAUGGUUGCUGUGUCGGAGGUGGUUUUGAUGAAACUUUAGCCUUUUCGGGAAAACUGACUGGCUUUAAUAUCUGGGACAGAGUUCUCAGCAAUGAAGAGAUAACAGCGCGGCCUAGAGCAGAAGAUUCAUGUAAUAUCAGGGGCAAUGUUGUUGGGUGGGGGGUUACAGAGAUUCUGCCACAUGGAGGAGCUCAAUAUGUUUCCUAAAUACUGAGAAACUAGAUCCUGAACCAAACAAUGAAUUUCCAUUGACAACAAUAUACUAAUAGGUACAAAUACACAGAGCCCUACAGCCCUGAGUGUCUAAAUUCCUAAAUAAACCUCAAGAAAAAAUAGUAUUGUAAGUUUACAAAUGAGAUAUUCUAGAGAUUGGAUUUGAUCUUUGUCUGCUGUCUUGACCAAACACUGAAAAAACAUGUCAGAGAAUGAUACUGGAAAAGCUGUUCUUAAAUACAGAUAAACUGCUGUCAUUCCAGCUGUGUUUUCAGAUUCAUAGCCAGUGAGAGCUACUUGUAGACACUUGAGAGCAGACUUUGGCUCUUACAUUGCUAAACUAAACCCAUGCAAACAAAUGGCUGGAACUGCUUUUAUAGAACUAACAUAAGACUGUUGCAUUUUCUGAGGUUCCCCAUUUGUUGCUUUCAUAUUGCUAAUGCCACUCUUACAGAUGAACCAUCUGAGACUUAUCAAGUAAUGUUUGUUCUUUAUUACUCUUUGUUACUGGUAUGUACAUUAUCAUAAAAUAGUGCCUUGUUUGAAAUAUUAUUUAUGCUAUAGAUUGACCUAACAUAUGCCUAGACAUAGUAUUCCCCAUAAUAAUCCAGUGUUACCUUUUUGAGAAGAUGCAGCUGUAUUAUAUUGUAAAUGAAUUUUGUAGUAAUUUUAUUGAAAUUAUUUUUGUAAAGUUGUCUUGUAAAUAAAAUUACUUUAUCAAACUGA